ACUUCCGCUUCCGGUUUCCCAGCCAGAGGUUCGAGCAACAGAGAAACGCGAAAGCGAAAACCGGCCGGGCGGGCUGGGAAGGGCACCUCGGGUGGCCCGUAGGCGCCGCCGCCGCCGACACGUCUCCCUCCUGGUUCCUCGCCGUGACGCGCCGUGAGCCUCGCGGGGACCCGUAGCAGCGCCUUCCGGGGAGCCGCAGACGGGCCUUCGCCGGCUCGGCCCGGCCUGGCCGGGAGGGAGGGAGGCGGCUCUUCCGCGCGGGGCCCGUGACCGCCUCGGGAGCCCCCCUCGCGCCUCCCCGGGCCGGAGCGGCGGGCCGGCGGGGGCCGAGGCUCCUUCCGCGGCGGGCAUGGGGCGCAGGGCGGCCCCUGGUCCCGGCCCGGCCCGGCCCGCCUGAUUCCCGUGGGGAGGUCGCAGGGACCGGCAGGACGACGAGAAGCCCCGGCGCCCCGCCUGGCCCCACGGGGGUCGGCCCGCAUGCCCCUCCCUGCGGCGGAGCCACGGCGGCGGAGGGGGAGGAGGAGGCGGCGGGGGCGGCCCCGGCGGCGGGGGCGAGGGAGAGCGGCCGGCGGCCUUGGCGGACCGUGGAGGAGAAGGCGGCCAUGGAGGGCCUGGCCGGCUACGUCUACAAGGCGGCCAGCGAGGGGCGGGUGCUGACCUUGGCCGCCCUCCUGCUCAACCGCUCCGAGGGCGACAUCCGCUACCUGCUCAAGCUGGCCACUCCACUAGAGCGGGCAGCAGCUUCCACGCCCCUCAUCGCCGCCCGCGAAUGGCAGCCACUCCAAAGUCGCUACGCUUCGCUGCUGGAGCAUUACAGCGUGCAGGUGACCCAGUAGACCCGGCACGGGUCCGCUUUGA